GCUACAAUCCCCUCCGCGAUCCGGCAUCUGUGAUCUUCCACUCCUGCCGCUUCUGUUCUCGAGCAGCGACGGGUCAGCGACAAGAUUAGGCGGACGACUAACUCAUGAGCUCGAAGUGAAAGCUCGUGUGUGCCCUGAUUCGGUGAGCGUGCUCUUGUGAUCACAUAGGUGUGUCGUGCCUUGAUUCGGGACCUCCUUGCUUCUAUCUAUCGAGGAUUACCACCUGAGCGCAAAAACACACCGGUCUCCUCACGUUCGGUUAACGAAUGCCGCUGUGAAGCGAAAAUAGUUCGACAGCGGAACGGUGUCUUCAAAGGAGCCUGUAACACUUAUGCGCGACCCUCUUUGAAAUGUUAGUCACGUGGUGCCUUCUUCACCGGAUCGGCGGUGGCGUUCCGGCUACUUCGCACGCUAUGACGGGUGAUGUGUGAAAGCACGUUCACUUCUGCGAUGGUAUGUUUUGCUCCUCCCGGGCGUUUAGUACCGUCGCGCGUAUAAACGGGAUGUAUUGCACAAGAGAUUUAUCGGAUUCCGACUCGAAUACAAACUGUGGGAACCUGCUGCAAGCUCCCGAGGAGCCUCGUUGGCGAUAGGAGCUAUCGACAAGAACCACCGCGCGCAAAGCGGCUACGGCGAGUGCACUCGGAAGCAGCGGUGCGUUCAGCUUUCCCGUGAGAAGACUCGCUCGCUUGAUUCCUGCGAGCGGUCGCGGCGAGCUUUAAGCAGUCAACAAGGACAUCGGCGAAAUUCGUACCUGUGUCGCAGUUAUCCCGCCUAUAAACCAGAUUGAAGAGGAGCUAUUCUGUGCUUCACGACUGGUUCCCGAAGUAAGUGCCGUGUUGACACGACGAAAGACAGACGUCUAGAGAGAUGCUAACGACGUCGUUUCGAUUACACCUUCCAACGUAUUCAUCGGCACCCUGAUCACAUCCCGGCUCGAAGACUCGCAACGCCAGGGCCGCAUUCCUUUGACUAUAGGCACCCGCAAAACCUCCGAGCAGGCAGUCGCUGCCGGCUUUCGUCGUGUCCGCGCGCGGUGCGGCGUAGCGGUCGCGACAAGAGCGAGCGGUGAAGAUUGCGGGCGCGAUUCCAUACAGCCCCGUUAACUCGCCGACUCCAGCGUUCACGGAAACCCAGCCAAAGGCCGAUAAAAAAAAUAUACACCCCUCCACCCACGGAGCCGACCUCCGUCACAACCAGCUGAUAAGCGCGCGCCGCCGUACGCGACCCGUAUAUCCGACGACGAGGCGAUCAUAUAGCGCAACGGGAGUACUAUCAAGCGCCUCCCGACCCUCCGUUAUUAUUAUUCCUCGCCACGGCCGUUCAGAUCGCUGACGAGCGAGCGAGAGCGGUGGAGCGCCUGUGCGGGCGGCCGGAUACACUACGCACCGUCGACCCUGUUGUCGUCGAGAGCGGGGGGAGCACCGCGCACGAGGCGAGAAGGGGCGCUGCGACUCUCUUUCUGGCAGGCAGCGAGGACUGUGGACAGCCACGCGUCGGCGACGGCCAGCAGCCGGCAAGCAGGACAGCCGAGUGGACUCUGUCGUCGAGGCCGCCCGGAAACGUGGACGCAUUGUAAGCGCACCGCUCGCCGCACACUCGUCGUCGUCGUCAACGCCGCUGGUUGAUUGCUGCUACUUCUCGCACAGCACUGACUUGUGAAGCACGCGCGCCUCGAGCCCUUUCCGUUCGUGCGACGUUCACUGCUUGCAUUGGCAUCGUGCGGUCUGUGAGCGCCACACGGCAGCUGAAGCAGCAGCAGCAGCAGGGAGGGAGGAGCGACGCAUACGACGCGGCCUGCCUGCCUUUGCCUGCUCAGGCAGCCGUGAGCAGCGCGGCGAACGAACCCCUAUUUCUUUUUUGUUCUCGGAGCAGCGGAGCAGCCAGCCACGGCUCUCCGACGGUCGAGCGUGCAUGCGUGCCGCAUCGAUCACGCUCGUUUGGAAAUGCGAAAUGCUUGCGCCCGAUUGUCCCUCCUCAGGCAUGUGAGACACCUGUUCCACGCCGACGCUGUCGCUGCUGGGGCUCUUUCUGUUGCUUGCUAACACUUCUACGGCUGCCGCUUCUUCCAGUGCUGUAGUUCCGAUCGAAGCUUCGAUCUAACGCAUUGCCCCCGUUUGUACCGUCGGAUCUACUUGCUUCGUUGGAAGUUUGGCCGACGACCGACCAGCGUACGACUCCGAAUUCAUCCAGUGUGACCCAGCGGCUACGUCGCACCUCGGCUCGCCUGUUCGGCUCUCGGUAUUCUUCUCCAGCCAGCGGUGGUGAAGCUAUCGUGAAUUUACGACUACAUUCGAAGCGUGCAGCGCGUGUGGUGCCUCGUUUCCGGCUUGUGUCCGUCCGUGUUUUGUUUCGUGGGCGCGUGAUAGAAAGGGGUCUGUGCGCAGCCGUCGCUUCGCGAGUGUCUGUGGUAGAUAUACGCGCGGUGUGCGUGCGCGUGUUUUGUGCUGUACGAUGGAUACGCCGGACAGCAAGCAGCAGGGAGGCAAGCCGGGUUCGGUGACGUCGUCCAUCCAGUCCGCCUUCAAGGUCAUGAUGAACCGCCACAUAUCGUGGCCCUGGUCGCCACGCCUCGUCUACCACGUUAACCCAAGCGACUCCGUGACACUGUGUACGCUGGGCAUCGGCACCGCGUUCGGCGAGUCCGUGCUCGACAACAGCCCGCACAGUGCCACCGUGGUCACCAACGAGUACUGCGAGCUGCUGAGGAUCGAGCAGAGGGACUUUCGAUCCAUCUGGGAGCGGAACCGGCACCUCAUGGAGGACAUCGUGUCCCCGCUGAGCACUCUUCGCACCAUAUCAGGUUCAACACGGCGACGCGAGAGCCGGGCGCAGUCGAACGGCACACUGCGCACCAUCCCGCCUCCUGCGCCGGCGUCGGCAAAGACACCCGCGGCCGAAACGGCACCGCUGCCCUCACGGCACCCGCCGUCGCCCACCGAGCCGUUUCACACCAACCGACUGCUCGUGUCACAGCCGACGGCCCAGGUGCACCGAGCGGGAUGGGUGCUGCGUACGCUGCUGCUGUUCCAGGCGCCGCAACUGAUCCGCGACCGGAAGUACCACAUGCGCCACUUCCGGCGAUGCAUGGUGGGCACCGAGAUGGUCGACUGGCUGCUCCAGGUGCCGGCCACCCACGUGCGCCUUAACUCGCGCGCACAGGCCGCCGGCAUGUGGCAGGUCCUGCUCGAGGAAGGCGCCAUCAACCACGUGACGCGCGAGCACCAGUUCAAGGACAAGUACAUGUUCUACCGGUUUCGCGAGGACGAAGAAGAGCCCACCAAGCUGCCCACGUCCGAGGACCGUCUGCAGGCCGAAGAGGAACUGCAGGACGUGCUCCUGCUGCUUAUGCAGCUCACGCCGGACGCCGUGCUACGCAUGAUACUGCGGAAGCCGCCCAUGGAGAGGACCCUGGACGAUCUGGACCUAAUCUACGAAGAGCUCCUUCACAUCAAGGCCCUCUCGCACCUCUCCAACAGCGUCAAGCGUGAACUCUACGGGGUGAUGAUCUUCGAGUCACACCCUAAGGCCGGAACUAUACUCUUCAACCAAGGUGACGAGGGCAAUUCCUGGUACAUCAUACUACGGGGCUCCGUCAACGUCGUCAUCUACGGCAAGGGCGUCGUGUGCACUCUGCACGAGGGAGACGACUUCGGCAAGCUGGCGCUCGUCAACGAUGCACCACGCGCGGCGACCAUAACGACUCGCGAAGACAACUGCCACUUUCUGCGCGUCGACAAGGAAGACUUCAACCGCAUCCUGAGGGACGUGGAAGCGAACACAGUAAGGUUAAAAGAACACGGACAAGAUGUUCUACUGCUGCAAAAGAUACCAGCUGACGCAAGAAACACCAAUGGUGCACAUUCUCAUUACAAGUAUAUGGUUAUGGCAGGAACCCCGCAAAAGAUGUUGGAACAUCUAUUAGAAACCCGAAUAGACACAAGAACAGAAGAAUCCUCAGAUACUUUCUUAGAAGAUUUUCUGCUGACUCACGUCAUAUUUAUGCCAAGCCAUCAGCUGUGCCCAGAACUUAUGAAGCAUUAUCGAAUCGAUCUAGCGAAUUCGAGGCAAGAAAAGGAGUUCAUCCUCGCAAACAAGAGACGGGUUGUGCAAUUCGCCAACAGCUGGGCGCUCACGGUCCGGGAAGCCUUUUUCGAGGAUCCCGUCAUCCAGGCUUUUGUAGAUGAGCUUCUAAAGGCGGUCAAAGAGGACAGCACGAAAUAUGCAGGCUGCCUGCAGGAAGAACUCAGGACAAUGACGAGGAUCAUGGACUUACAGGAAAAUGUAUUUCUUUUCAGGUACGUGAAAGAACACGAGUGCUCGGCGCCGCAGCGUUGGAAAGUGGGUCCCUUCGGCCACAUCCGUCACCUGUCGUCCGGAAGCACGACGUCUGAGGACACGGUUGACGUGCACCGGCCCAUCAAACCCAACGACGAGAUAAUCUUCAGGGUCUACUGUGCCGACCACACGUACACCACACUGAAGACUGCGGUGAGCGCUACGGCGGAAUUCAUCAAGAGGAAUGCUGCCGAAAAGUUGAGCCUCAAGGAUGACCUGGUGCUUGUUGAAGUGAAAUCUUCUGGAGAACGUAUCGCAUUCAAGGACUCUGAGGUGAGCGUACCGACCGGUCUGAGUAUCAAUGGAAGGAUCUUCAUUUCGCCGGCAGAUCACCUGGACGCCCUCACGCCUCUGAGCGAACAAGAGGGCCCGGUGGAAGGAACAGGUGCACUUCUGGAGACACUCAGCUCGCACGACAUCGCCUACCACAUGUCCCUCUACGACUGGCACCUCUUCUCCUGCAUACACGAGUACGAACUCAUCUACCAGGUGUUCGGCAGGCAUCAGUUCCGGAAGAUAAUGUCCAACCUGGACGUGUUCCAGAGGAGGUUCAACGAGGUUCAGUUCUGGGUCGUCACUGAGAUGUGCCUGGCGAAUCCGAUUGGCCGGAGAGUGCAGCUUCUGCGAAAGUUCAUCAAGAUCGCUUCCCACUGCCGCGAGUACCAGAACUUGAACGCGUUCUUUGCCAUCGUCAUGGGACUGAGCAACGUGGCCGUGAGCCGGCUGAGCCAGACGUGGGAGCGGCUGCCGGGAAAAGUGAAGCGCACCUUCGCGGAAUUCGAAACGCUCAUCGACCCAUCACGGAAUCAUCGGCGGUACCGCGUGGCUGUGUCCAAGGUGCAGCCACCGCUGGUACCUUUCAUGCCACUCCUGCUGAAGGAUAUUACCUUCUGCCAUGAAGGAAACAAGACCUACAUCGACGGUCUUGUCAACUUCGAGAAAAUGCACAUGAUUGGACAAACACUCCGAUCACUGAGGCACUCAAGAAGCCAAAGAUUAAAUUUGGAACCACCUCCACCAGGAAAAGUUCAGCAAGAUGUCCGAGAGUACAUAAGAACACUCAAGGUGAUCGACAAUCAGAGGAGACUUACACAACUCUCACAUGCUUUGGAGCCACGGCGGCCAUGAAGACGACGCUCCAGUCUUAAUUUAUUCAGACUUAGCAUGCAACGCUAGCCACGAUCUAUGAGACUUCAUUGUUCUCAGCUUCCUUUGGAACUCAUCGUAACAUUGUAGUUUAGGUGUAAAUGCGGAAGCAAAGCAACUCUUCACAUGGUGCAUACAGAAUUGUGUUAUAUAUACAGGUAGGGUUAAGGAAAGCAGUGAAGACCAAUCGUCCAUUUAGAAAAGCCACUUGCCAGCAAAGGAAGAGCUAAAGGUUCAUUGAGCAAGGGCAGGAGGAGGAGGAGUGCAGCUGUCACUACAACUGCUGCUGCCACUGCAGCGCUACAACUACAUACAAGCUGUUUUACUCAUGGUUGUUGCCUCAAGCCAAGACUCCAAUGUUGCAGUGUAUCUGUGGUAAUUUCCCGAUGCUCACUGUUCUCUGCCAGAUGUGAGGCGAAAUGGCAAAGAUAGCAGAAGCGGAAGCUUCAUCACUGGCCUGUUUGUUGUUUUUCAAAUGUUAAUGUUGAAGCUUUGUAGCACCUAAAGAUAUUUCCUGAUACAGUGUACAUUCAUUACAAAGCUUAAUUAAGCUUAGUACCUGUCAUUGGACUCUUUUUCAAUAAAUAAGUUUCUUCACGUAUCAUCAAUAAUAAUGGGCGAUGUUUAUUUCAGGACCCUAGGUAUUAUUCGUAUUAUAUAGUUUAAUUCAUGGGACUAAUGUUCACAUGGACAUAGUAUAGUAUGCUUAAUUUUACCUUCAGGCGCAAAGGAAACAUGCAUCCAGUAAAAUGCUUUGGAGACCAUUAUUCUAGCUACAGUGCAGACACAGCGAUAUAAAUUUAUUAAGGUGGAAAAGGAUAGCCAUUAGGUCAGGACUGUGAUUGCACGACACAUUUAAAAAUAUUUUUCUAGAGAACUUUACAUGCUAUCAAAAUUUAUGUGAAAAGAUCGUUGACAUUUAUGAGCAUGAACGAAGAGACAUCUAGCACUAGAGUACUCAGUGCACGAAUUUAAAGCAGAAAUAUUAUCGUGGUCACUGUUUUUGUCCUCGAAAUCAGUGCGCACGGCAAUUCUUCUGUUGUCUCUGCCAUUUCCAUUUGAUAUUCUCCAUCUUCCCUGGCUCUAUACCAUGCUGCGGCAAGUCUUGAGCUAUUGAUGGAUCCUCCUAGCCCUGUGUAAAGUCCUGAGCGGGUAAAUGGUCUAGAUUUUUGUUUCCCAGAAAACCACAUGUUUGUGAACAAAACUCCUGAGCUGGGGUACUUGUACCUGAACUAUUUUUGAGAGACCGCUUCGUUCCUGGACAGAUUUUUUAUGUAGACCUUUACCCAGAUUCUACAAAAUGUUGUACAUAUGUUUGUACAGUGUAGAAGAAGAACAUAUUUUCAUUUAGUUUUAUUUGUUCUAUAUGUUCUCAUCAUUCCUUGCUGUUGCAUGCUGUUUAUUUAUAACAUGUAUUCACGUACAUCAAGACGAUCCAGUUUAACACCAUUCCAGUUAUUUUUAAAGCUAAAUAGGUCACGUGUCUUAAUUUUUAUCCACUCCACACAGAAAUCAUGCAUGCUCUUUCUAGUGCUUUACAUUCAGGGUGACGUGCAUAUUGCAGCUAACAAUAUGUCAAGUAAUCUUCCUCAUCCUGUUCCUCUUGGGGAAAAACAGUUUCAUGGUAGAACCUGCCCUCAAGGUGAAAGUGACGUGAACAAAGUCAGACUGCGUCACAUUAACAAAUCCAUCAAACACCCAUGCUAGACACUUACACUAUCCAAAAGCAGGUUAUUUGCCAAUCUAACAUGCAUCACAACCACAACAUUCUUUCAAGAAUUGCCAGUAAAAUUUGUUGGUUGCCUUAAAGUAGGUGAAAUAGAAAUAGACUAGAGAUUUGUGAGGGGUAUUUCAGAAAAAUUAGACAAGAAUACCUCAGCGCAAUAGUAAUUUUUCACUAGUCUCUCAUAGGUGGUGUAAAAAUUGCUUAUUGAUGAAAAGGCACAAUUGGAAGUUAUGAAUUCUAGCUUCCACCAAGGUGAUAUUAUAAGUACAUGUGACCAACAUAUGAAACAGUGACAAGUUCAGUGUGCUCACAAUAUGCUUUUGAACUGUUUCUUUAGUAUGUGAGUAGACAGAAGGGAAUCGUGUGGCAUUUUCUAUUGGUUGAAAACCUAGCAUGUUCCGUAAAAAAGUGAACAAGGUAAGGACACUCAAUAUCAUGGCUAAAUUUGUCUGUCACCAGCUGUCAUCAAUUGUUCAUAGCUAGUAGUGCUUCUGAACUGCUUUGGUGCAGUCCCACAAAUUGAGACACACAGGCUUCAAUGUUUUCUGUGCGGUGGGCAGGUUCUGCACUCGGGAGUAUUGAAGGGGAGGGUAAACAUUGAUCAUAUUCAUAGCCUAUGUGUAAUCCCGUUUGAUGAAUGAUUAUGUGCCGAACCUUGAGUUGUGCAUGUUUGAAUUGGCUUGUUUCUCGUGAACAUUGUACAUCUCCGUGUAACCGUAUUCAUACAAACUGCACUGCAACCUUGCAGGUCGCAUACAGAGCACGCCAGUGCAAAUGAGUGUAUUAAUGUGCACCCAAGCAAACCUAUGUUUUUCACCGUGCAAUGCACUGAGACACCUUUUCACAUCUCGGCUUCAGCAUUGCACUUUUUGUUCUGGUGUUGAAGAACCUAAGAAAAAUGUAACAGCAAUAUAGCUAGCCAUUUGAACCCACUAAACAAGACUGCAGAGAAUAUUCGAACUGUGGAAAAAAAGAUCUAUGCAAACUAGAACGUAGAUGACUGCCUGAAGUUGCUUUCUCGCAACUUGGUGUUAGGGUUUUGAAAUUGCUGUUCAGAAUUUUACCGUGUGGUUGGCAAAAAUUAGGCAGCCUACAUAUGUAUUGCAUGUUUCUCAGUGUUACUUGAGUAGUGACACCAUCGGAGCUUAAUUUAGGCUCACUGACUGCACCUUUGUAAUCUGCUUAUCAUGCGUUAACUCUUCCUGUUCCAUUUUUCUUUUCUCAUUCAUUAUUCUGUCACUACUAACAUGCUUAAAUGUAUAGUAUUUCACGCGAGUCUGUGUUUCAACACUGUUCCUCAUCGUCAUUGUUUUCGCUCUCGCUAACUAUAGCUUGUUUUUCUUCUAUCUUUGAAUGACACACCUGAAUGCUGCCCUUCUGAACAUUAAUUGUUAGCUGUGUGACUAUGUACGUUUUAUUCCAUGCUGAACCAACCGAAGAAUCCAGCGUUUUCAAACGUUUGUCUGUUUUCAUGCAUGCAGUAUCUGCUUAGGUGUGUACGAGAACAAUGUGACGUUUAAAAUAGAUUUGUGAACAGUUGUAAAAUACACAAAUCUGUGUGUGUAUUUAUAACCAAAAAUUUUGUUUCUCCCAUAUAAAUAUGUAUAUUCCUCAUGUAAAAUAUGUUUUGAUAUUUGUAUGAAUAUACAGUAAAUACAUAGCGUGGAAAGGGAAAAAA